AUGUGUGGUGGUAUGGAUGUGUCGUCCGUGUGUAUUUUACUAGGUGAACUAUGCAACGCACCAAAUGAAACUACCAGGAUGACAGAAAAGCCAGGAGUACGUUUCGAAGAAGCCGAAAGAAAGAAGGGUGUUAUUCUAACAUCUAUUGCCGUGUCGUGUGCUGCCUUAGGAUGGCUGACACGUGGAUCACCGACUGUGGUCGGCGCGAUAGCACUAUUAGCCACAUAUUUCAUGACUGGUGAUAGAUACCAGUGGAUUUAUAUAUGGAAGAAAACACAUAAUAGAGAUCUUCAAGGUCUUCGGGUGCUUCUGCACACAAUAUUUUGGAUAUGGUUAUGGGAGAAGCAAGGCAAGACCGUGGUCUCAAGAUGGACAGAGGUUGCCAAGAUGAAUGCGAACAAAAAGGCAUUUGUCAUGGACGACAGAGCGAUAACUUUCAGAGAGGGAGAUGAGCUUAGCAACCGCAUAUCCUGGUAUUUCAAACGUCAAGGCUUUAAACCUGGUGAAGUGAUAGCCUUAUUCAUGGAGACGCAGCCGGAAUACGUCUUCAUUUGGAUAGGGCUGGCCAAGAUCAGGGUCACCACAGCACUGAUCAAUACCAAUUUAAAGGGAGCGCAGUUGAUACAUUGUUUGAGGAUUGCGGGGUGUAAAGCUGUUGUUUUUGGGGAUGAAAUGAGUGCGGCUAUCAAAGAAAUUCAACCAGAGAUUCCUGACAUGCCUUUCUUUCAAUUCAACUCUCCUGAUCGUGAAAAUGCCCCAGUCUUACAUGACACAGCACCUUUGGCAGCCGAACUGAAAGAAAUGUCUUCAGAACCUGUAGUGGAUGCCGGGCAGUCCAAGCCUAGAGAUACUGUAUUGUACAUAUAUACUAGUGGGACAACAGGAUUUCCUAAAGCUGCUGUUAUUACUAAUAUUAGGUUCAUGCUGAUUCCAUUAGGAGUUCAGAGAUCUGCGGGACUCACUUCUAAGGAUGUAAUAUACGACCCGUUACCACUUCAUCACACGGCGGGUGGUGUACUAGGAGCAGGUCUCACAGUCAUAUCAGGAUGUACUGUCGUAUUGAGGAAGAAAUUUUCAGCAAGUAAUUAUUGGUCAGAUGCAGCCAAAUAUGGAUGCACCGCAGCACAAUAUAUUGGCGAAAUAUGCCGAUAUCUGUUGGCAGUUCCCCCAGGACCAAAUGACCGUGCUCACAAAGUGAACGUGAUAUUCGGCAAUGGCCUUCGCCCACAAAUAUGGCCUGAGUUUGUAGAACGGUUCGGUGUCAAAAGAGUCAUGGAAUUCUAUGGAGCGACUGAAGGGAAUAGUAAUCUUGUUAAUUUAGACUCUAAAGUUGGAGCCAUUGGAUUUUUGAGCAGAAUAUUCUCCACUAUCUACCCGCUCACCUUAGUAAAAUGUGAUGAAAUAACUGGUGAAAUUUUGAGAGAUAGUAAUGGCAAGUGUAUUACGUGUGGUCCUCACGAACCAGGUCUCUUACUAGGUAAAAUAGACAAAAAGAAAGCGAUCUUGACCUUUUCGGGGUACGCUGAUAAGACAGCUUCGGAAAAGAAGAUGGUCCGCAAUGUGAGAUCUGAAGGUGACUGUUACUUCAAUACUGGGGACGUACUCGUCAUGGACCACUACGGGUAUUUUUACUUCAAAGACCGCACUGGAGAUACGUUUAGGUGGCGAGGCGAGAACGUGUCUACCGCGGAAGUGGAAGGCGUGAUAAGCACGCUUAUUGGCCUCAAAGAUGCUGUUGUGUACGGAGUUAAGAUACCAAACGUAGAAGGAAAAGCAGGCAUGGCUGCUAUUGCCGAUCCUGACAAAACUGUCGACCUAGUUGCUUUGGCCAAGGGUCUCAGAUCGUCGCUCCCAAUUUUCGCCAGACCGCUUUUUAUCAGAAUAAUGCCAGAAUCACCUCUAACUGCCACGUUUAAGCUCAAGAAGAGAGAACUUAUGGAACAAGGAUUUGCAGUAAAUAUCCACAGUGACCCUCAGUAUUUUUUGGAUCAGAAAACUGGCGAAUAUGUGCCUCUAACACAAAAGUUAUACGACGAUAUAAUUCAGGGAGCAAUUAGGCUCUGA